CAUAAAAUAUGCCUAUAUAUUCUUCUGUUAUCAUGUCUAUAAAGUAUAAACUGCUCCAAAUUACUUAAUGAAGUAAUCUGCAGCUAGAUAACAAAUGGGUAUUGCAGGUCAAAUAUCCAAUUAGUACCAAAAAAAGGAAAAACAUAAAGUUAUAUAUGGGUGGUAUGAAGGCUUUCUUGGGUGCUCUUGUUUUACUUAGUUUACUGUGGCUCAUUUUGCAUGGUAUUUUAGUCAAUCAGGAAACUAAAAAAAUCACUGCUGCGACGAUCGAUCGUUUAGAUUUUUGGAAGAUAACACAAACAGAAAGGUAUGAUCUUCAAAAGGAUCUCAAUUAUGUGAACAAAAGAAUUCAAAUCAAUGGCACUCCAAACAGGAAAGCAGGGAAGGGAACUAGGGCUGCCACCAAAAAUGUAAGUGCUGGAGCAAUCAAACAUGUACUAAUAGAAGCUGAGAAGCAAUAUCUUCAAAGAAAUCCAAAUAUCAAUUAUGUGAGCAAAAGAAGAGUGCCUACUGGACCAAAUGCCAUUCACAACAGGAAAGUAGGAGAGUAUAGAGUGCCACCCAGUCGAGCUUGAGUUUAGGAAGACACUUGAAAGUAUCAUAUUUACAACAGACAUUGCAGUGAAAACGAGUACGAUUUUCUUAAAUAUUUUGAAUUAUUAACUAGUAUAUAUACCCUUUAUGUAGUUUUCAAAUUUAUAUAUUGUUUCAUAUUUCUGAUGUACCGAUGAUGUUUGAGAUCACAUGAAUGGAAUUCUAAGCAAUGAGAAAGUAGAUUGGCAGCAAAACUUUUCAUGACUGAUGAAAGAAGGAUGUGAUUUGAAUGUAAAAGCUAUUCACUUUUUUUCUUCUUUAUUAUGUUAGGUAGUCUUAUUUAAUCUAUGAUUGCGACACUGUAAAAGAUCUACAGAAAUAUUAAUUACUUUAGGGGAA